UAGAAAGUCCUCUCUCUCUGGAGGCGAAGGAAGAUAUUUCGCGGUUUUCGCGGUCGGGAGCCAAAGUUGGAUAUCAAUUUUGAGGCAGUUUUGCUUUCUCUUUCUCCCACUCUAAUUUCAGUGGACUUUGCAGAUAUUUCUUUUUAUCCCGUUAAGGAUGAGCGUGUUUGAGAAUGGGUGAGGUGGUGGUGACCAGUGGAGAGGAGAUGGAGGUGGAGUUGGGGACAGAGGAGGAGGCAGAGAAGAAAAAGACGCAAAAUGAGACAGUUAAUGAGGAUGCCUCAUCGGAGGUGGUUCGAUGGGAAAAGUUUCUUCCAAGGAUGGUACUUAGAGUUCUGUUAGUUGAGGCCGAUGACUCUACGCGCCAGAUUAUCGCUGCUCUUCUUCGAAAAUGCAGUUACAGAGCAGUUGCUGCUGUUCCUGAUGGAUUAAUGGCAUGGGAGACCUUAAAGGGUAGGCCCCAUAGCAUAGAUCUCAUUUUAACAGAAGUAGAGUUGCCAUCAAUAUCGGGAUACGCACUGCUUACUUUGGUCAUGGAGCAUGACAUUUGCAAAAAUAUUCCUGUCAUAAUGAUGUCGUCGCAUGAUUCAAUUAGCAUGGUUUUGAAGUGCAUGUUGAAGGGUGCAGCUGACUUUCUCAUUAAGCCUGUUAGGAGAAAUGAGCUGAGGAACCUCUGGCGGCAUGUUUGGAGGAGGCAAAAUCUAACUGCUGGACAUAUUCCUCAAAGUUCACCUGAUGCACAGCAUAAAGUUGAAGCUGCCUCUGAAAACAAUUCAGCUAGUGAUCACUCAAGUGAUUGUGCAACUUCAUCACAUAAAAGAAAGGAAUGCAGUGAGAAAGGGAAUGAUAACCAAAGCUCUUGUACAACCCCUUACUCGGAGCUGAGAGUGUUCACGUGCAAAUAUUUGCAGGGUAUUUCACAGCCAAAGCUUAGGAGUGCUUCAAAUCUGAGCAAUAUGGAGGAAGAAUGUGCUGUGUUGAACAAAGGGCCAGUUAUCCCUGAAAAUAAAACUGAAGACUGGUCAACCAGAUUGGGACCAAUGAGUGCAUCGUGCAAUGGAGCUUAUAAUCAAACUACUCUGAAACUGGGAGAACAUGCAUCUUCUGCCAUGGAAGUGAUUCAAGCUGAAAGUUUGAGACCAGAAAAUGAGAGGGGAAAUUCUAAUACCACUCAGGGCCACAAUGAUGAUCUAGUUGAAUCUUCCAGUGGAGCUAUUGAUUUGAUUGGUACAUUUGAUAAUGGCCCAAAGCACACAUAUGUAGACACAAAUAUAAAGGAUGGUACCAACAAGUUUGAAUUCACUCCACUGGAACUUUCUCUAAGAAGAUUUUUUCCCAAUAGCUCAAAGAAUCAAGGCAUUGAGGAUAGGCAUGCACUAAACCAUUCUAAUGCCUCUGCUUUUUCAUGGUAUAACAAUAAGAUAUUGCAACCUCUUUUUCCAACAUCAACCAGUAAUUGUAUUGAGUUCAGGGAAGAUACUAGUAAGUCUCCAGAGAUGUCAUCCAAUGAACGUUCUCAAAAGAUCAAUGGUUUUUCUCAACAACAUGGUCCCAAUUUGAAUGGUGGUCAAGAAAUUAUGACCACACUAGUUAUUGGUCAAUCUAGGCAAGCUGAACUAGCAUAUCCAAAUCCCAUUCCUAUCCCAGGGGUCAGAGUUGACAACAUCAGCACAGGAUAUGGCCAUGUUUUUCCUUCUCUAUAUGGACAAAAAGGUGUAUCACCUGCAUGGAAUCCUAAACUGUCCAGCCAGCGAGACCAGUCUCCAUUUGCAACUAGCACCUCUAUUCAUUCAAAUCCUGAAAUUCAUGACUCUGAGCAGAAUAAUAGACAAUCCGAUGACAUUACCAUCAAUUCUGUGGACCAAAAUUUGUAUAAGCACGAUAAUAUGGAGCAGGUGGAGGAACUGAGACAUAGUUCACCUGCUGCCGGUCAAAGUACUAGCAGUAGCAUGUGUAAUGGCAUUGCAGAUCACAAUAAAAGCAGUGCAUAUGGAAGCUCUUGCAGUAGAAGUGAUGGAAAUACUACUUUGGCUGCAGCACCUGAGGAGGUCGUGAAACCAGAGAGCUUGAAAGAUGGGGGGAUCCCCUUUCGCUCCAGCCAAAGAGAAGCUGCUCUGACAAAGUUCAGGCUGAAGCGAAAAGAUCGAUGCUAUGAGCAAAAGGUUCGGUACCAAAGCCGAAAAAGACUAGCGGAGCAGCGUCCUAGAGUGAAAGGGCAGUUUGUUCGUCAAGUACAAAACAACGCUCCAGCGGCUGGUGAUAAUAAUUGAUUAUGAAAUUAUAUUUGAUGGAAUGAUGAUGAUGUGAAUUCUGAACAUGUUUGGGAGCUUUCUUUAUUGCUAUGGCCUACAACUUUAAUUCUGGAAAGGUGGCCUUGUAAAUUAUCUGGAGACUAGAGGGGUUGUCCGAGUCCUCUGCUACUCUGGUUAAUUUGUUUCGUUGUUCAGUAGAUGACCGACCUCAUUGUAGUUUUUAGGAAGGUUUAACAGUAGUAUUCAUAAUUUGCAUUGGUACAGAACACUUUUUCGUCGUUGGAUUGAUAUCUUCGGUUUUUCUUUUUUUCUUCUUUUAAAUUCAGAAAGCAACUUCUGAAAA